UUCCACUUCCUGCUCGAACAGCUCAGUCCAGGAAGAAGUAAUAAUGGCGACGCCUCUGGGGUCCGAGUUCCCUUGUACUAGAGGAAAACGAAAAAAUUACAACAAUAUAGUCACAAGGUUUACUACCAGUAAAAUUACUGGCAAAGGUUUCAGUCGCGGAACACAGCUCCCUGCAGGCCUCCUCCAGGAGAGAGACAAACGUGCCAAGUGGCAUGGCAUCCCUAUACUGCUUCAAAAGCUCUACGAGAGCAGCCACCCCAACAGUGACCUCUUACACGCUCACAGCUUUCUCAAGGUAUUAUCAUCCCAGCUCUCCAUGGAAGCCAUGUCCUUUGUCACAGAAGACAGGAAGACCGCUCAGGAAUCCACCUUCCCCAACACGUACACCUUUGACCUUUUUGGUGGAGUUGAUCUGCUUGUGGAGAUCUUGAUGAGACCCACACUAACUAUGCAGAAGAAAAAACCCAAAAUGAAUGACGACUUGGUGAAAGACUGCCUUAGUGUUCUGUACAACUGUUGUAUAUGUACGGAGGGGGUCACAAAGAGCCUGGCAGCGAGGGAUGACUUUGUUCUGUUUCUCUUCACCCUGAUGACCAACAAGAAGACUUUCCUGCAGACUGCAACCCUCAUUGAAGACAUUCUUGGAGUUAAAAAGGAGAUGAUCCAGUUAGAAGGCAUCCCCAACCUGUCAGGCCUGGUCCAAAGCUUUGACCAGCAGCAGCUGGCCAACUUCUGUCGCAUCCUGUCUGUCACCAUCUCAGAACCUGACGUGGGAAAUGAUGACAAGCACACCCUGUUGGCCAAAAACGCACAGCAGAAACGCAAUGCUAGCCCCUCACGGGCUGAAGUCAACCAGGUUACACUUCUGAAUAUCCCUGGCUUCAUCGAGCGGCUGUGUAAGCUGGCCACAAGAAAGGUAUCUGAAGCUACAGGAGCUAACUUUCUGCAGGAGCUGGAGGACUGGUACACAUGGCUGGACAACGCCCUGGUGCUGGACGCCCUCAUGCAGAUGGCUACUGAGGAGGCUGAACAAAGCAGUACAGAGUCAUCCGAUGAGAGUUCUUUGGCCACCAGCCCCCUGAGACAUCGACUGCCUCAGUCCAUGAAGAUUGUCCAUGAGAUCAUGUAUAAAGUGGAAGUGCUUUAUGUACUCUGUGUCCUUCUUAUGGGACGACAGAGGAAUCAGGUUCACAAGAUGCUGGCGGAGUUCCGCCUCAUCCCAGGACUCAACAAUCUGUUUGACAAGCUGAUCUGGAGGAAGUACACUGCUUCAAAUCACGUGGUGCACGGACAGAAUGAGAACUGCGACUGCAGCCCAGAAAUAUCCUUCAAAAUCCAGUUCUUGCGACUACUUCAGAGUUUCAGCGAUCACCAUGAGAACAAGUAUCUCCUCCUCAAUAGCCAGGAGCUGAAUGAACUGAGUGCCAUAUCUAUGAAGGCUAACAUCCCGGAGGUGGAAGCUCUGGUCAACACGGACAGAAGCCUAGUGUGUGAUGGGAAGAAGGGUCUCCUUACACGUCUCCUCACUGUCAUGAAGAAGGAGCCUCCAGACUCGUCUUUCAGGUUCUGGCAGGCGAGGGCAGUGGAAAGCUUUCUCAGGGGAGCCACAUCAUAUGCUGAUCAGAUGUUCCUGCUGAAGAGGGGUCUAUUAGAGCACAUCCUGUUCUGCAUCAUCGACAGCGGUUGCACAUCUCGAGAUGUCCUUCAGAGCUACUUUGAUCUGCUUGGAGAGCUCAUGAAGUUCAACAUUGAUGCCUUCAAAAGAUUCAACAAAUAUGUCAACACUCCAGAGAAGUUUCAGGCCUUCCUGACGCAGAUCAACAGCUCGCUGGUGGACUCCAACAUGCUGGUGCGCUGCAUUGUCCUUUCUUUGGACCGCUUUGAGAGCCAGACUGAAGAUGUGAAGGUGUUGGAGGUACUUUCUGAGUGCUGCUUGUUGUCCUACGUGGCCAGAGUUGAGAACAGGCUGUCCUUCCUCUUCCGACUCAUCAACAUCAUCAACGUACAGACACUCACACAGGAGAAUGUGAGCUGUCUAAACACUAGUUUGGUGAUUUUGAUGUUGGCCAGAAGAAAGGCGAAGCUGCCUUUCUACCUCAACGCCCUGCGGGAGAAGGAGUACACUGAAAAGUAUCCGGGCUGCCUGCUCAACAACUUUCACAACCUACUGCGCUUCUGGCAGCGCCACUACCUCAACAAGGACAAAGAUAGCACCUGUCUGGAGAAUAGCUCCUGCAUCUCGUUCAGUUACUGGAAGGAGACGGUGUCGGUACUGCUGGGCUCAGACAGGACUUCUCUGUGUGCUAUAGCCAGCUACAUUGAUGAGCCCUUCAUGGACCUGGACAGAGACCUGCUGGAAGAUUGACCUCCAGUGUGGGCACUCGAUGUGCUGGGGGUGGGUCGGGGCAAAUGGUCGCGGGGAGCAUUGACACCCUUAACCGGUGUCGACUCCACUGAGACGAGCCUUCCGGCGCUUUGUGCCUGCGUUCUGGACGUACGGACUCGUCUGUCUGCCGUCUGCACAUGCGCAUGGAGGCCGCCAUCACAGACGUGAGCCCACACGGAACCGGCUUGGCCUGGCUGCAGCCUUCUCACUAAUUAGCACCCUCUUUUUGAAAGGAAGAGGAGCAAACCUGUACGCCCGACCCAGAUUGACCAUGUGGUGCAACAGACAACUAAAGGGACCUUGGUUAAUGACGCCUGCAUUGGUUGUUUGCUUUAGGUUAAAUUUAAAUAGAGCCUUUUUAUAUAACAUACAAAAUUCUAUGAAAAAACAUGUAUGAUUCAACAAAUUCUAUGUCUGAAAAAAGCUUUUUUUGGCACGGACUUGGUUUGGAAAUGACCACAGAGGGAACCUGUGCAGGACAGUCGUGUCAUGGCUUCCAGGAGUCACCAGCUUCACUCUUACACUACCUUUAAGCUCUCCUGACACCAUGCCACUUCCUGUCCUGGAGGAAAAAUUGGUAGUAUUAGACUAUUUGCAGGGGUCCUCUCAAAGAGCAUUUUCAUUUAACCUUUUUUUGUGGGUGUUUUAUUAGGUGGCUAUCAUUGAUUGGUGCUUUCUGGCUGUACUCUGCACAUUUAGGUAGCUAGAGGGCAGACCUCUCGCCUAAAACCAUCAAUUUUCUUGUGGCUUCAGAAGCUUCAUCCAGGGACUUUUUUUUUCCCCAAGGUUAUUUUCUUUUGAUUCAUUUUUGUGAUGUUAAAAACAAAACAAGCUUUUAGCUCUGGAAAAAAAAACUGUAGAAAUUAACAUUGCACAGAAAAAAUGGUUUUUAUUGUUUAAUAUAUGUUAACUAAUUUGUUCAUUAAAAGCAUCUUCAUCAUCUAACAGACACUGAUUACAUGUUGUGAGAGUUUCUUUAGGAAGAGAAUAAACUAUGCAGGUGUUAGCGUUAAGGUACGCCUCUGUUCCACCCCGACUAGCCUUCAGCUCUAAUCAGCUCUGCAAACAUCCCACUCGCUUUUGAUCUGGUCUUUGACUACCUGGGAAUGACAAUCUUCUACUUGUUGGCUCAUCCUGCUUGGCGCAGUUUUCAGCUUAAGAGAAAGAGGUGAGCGUGACUGUGGUGAAAGUGUCCACAGCCUGAAUGUGCUGCAAUUUAAGAAGAAUAACAUGGAUGUCACAGACGAGUGCAAACAAAUCAGCUACCUCACAUUUGAUCCUGAUUCCGUACAGGUCAGACGUCCGGCUUCACUCCCAGCAUGUCCUGAGCUGCACGUUCAUGCGAAUGUACGAGGACGUGUCUGCAGCUGGACACCACGUUGCUUGCUCCUUACGAUGCAAACGCGUCCAUUUUGAAGCCUUUUGUUGCUUUAAAGCUAAUUAACUAGAAGUGCUUGCUUCUCCGGCUUUCAUUCAGCAUGUCUUAAUGUCUUGGUGAGUGUGAACACUUCGAACUGCUUCAUUUGUUGUGCUGCAAGUACACUGACAAGUGCUUCUCUUUGAGAUUCUCAGUUUCUUUAUAAGAGGCGAAAGGAAGUGCUCCUGAGAUUCCCAUUUGUGGCACCGGAGACUCCUGCAGUGGUUUCUUAACGCUCGUCGCUCCAGUCAUCCGCAGUGGAAGUCCUAGGUUAUUGGUGUAAAAGCAUGGAUGUUGUGAGCUCUUUGGAGUAACUGUAUAAACAGUCUCUGAAACUUGAUUGUAGCUUUUUUUUAUCUGAAUAUCUGAGAUUGAUGCUUCUGUAUGAUGUACAAGAGAAAUGCUUCUCAACUUUUAUGCUGUAUGUUGUGAUGCUUCAAGAUUGAACUCAUUAGUUUACAUAUGGUGAAAUGUUACGUUGGCCAAGAAGAUGCUGCAUAAAGUACACUAUUUAACUUAGAUUUUAGAGAUUUACUCAACUUGUAACUUAAGAUUUAUUUAAUAUUGGUGAGGACAUCGUCAGAUCUUAAUUCCAGCUCUAAACACGCUCCGUUAAAACUGAUCAUGUGGCUCCAGUUUGAUCAAACCUGAUUUCAUCUCAUCAGGAUGUUUUUAGGAAACUGCGUAUAUACUUUUUUUAACCCACUGUUUACCAAAUAGAAGAUUAAUUUUCCAUUUUUGCAUUCUAAUACAAGCACUUCUGUAACCCACUUUCACCCUCAUGCUCCUCCUUUAAUGCUGGUAUUGAACAGAAUUUUCUUUAUUUCAUAGCUGUUUGUCAAAAUUACAAUAAAUUCUUCUUUAGACUCUU